AUGUCGGAGGAGGCGGUGCGUCAGACGCGCAGCCAGAAGCGGGCCUUGGAGAGGGACGUGGUGGCCCCUGGCAGUCCCGGGGGGGAGCAGGACAUUAAGAAGGUGAAGCUGGAGAACUGUGACCUGCCACCUGCAGCAGAUGGCCCUAUAGCUCCAGUGGCUUUGGGAGGAGGAGAUGUGGUGAAGAUGGAGCAGGCAGCCAAGGUGGCCAGCAUGAGCAUCCUGAAGACCGGCGAGGUCAAGGCUACCAUCAAAGUGGAGGUGCAGACUGGGGACGGGCCUGUCGACAUGAGCACGUCCAAGAGGUAAGAAGAACACUGAUUACACACGCUGUGUAAACCUACACUCUUUCUGGCUGUACGUUUGAACAAGGCCUAACUGGACUAUGGUCCCUCAGACGCCGUCUAUUUUUGUUAAUAACAUUACCAUCACACUCUGGAUUCAGAUUUCGUUUUAGAAUGUUGCUCUAAAAUGUAAUUUUUCCUAUCUGGAAUGUGCAUGUUUACAAUAUGAUGGCUUGUCUCUGAGUCUGCACAGGGUACAUUUUGGUGACUAGGGAAUGUAGUGUUUUGACUGGAAAUUGACAUUUGCUUGGAAAGCAAGUUUGCCUUCAAAUACCAUUUUAAAAGUAGAACAUUGUUAAUCCAGAAAGGCAAAUAUGGGAUGAUGUCGAUAAUGUCUUGAAUUGAUUAUCCAGAUGUUAAGAACGUUUUUGGUUAAUUUUGGAAGUUGUAUUUAUCUACUGAGGCAGUAUGCGAGAGAGGCCUUGUCCAGAUCUUCAGAUAUGGUUGGGUUAAAAUUAGUAAUGAGGAUGGUCAUGUGCUGUUGUUGAUGGUGGGUGGGGUGGGGUGGGGUGGGGGGGGGGGGGGGGGGGGGUUGUGGAAAAAAAGUUGUACUCUUUGACAGUGUGUGUUGCAAUGACUGUGUGUAGGUGUGUUUGAACUGCUGUCUGCCUUAGCUAGCAAGUGGGCUUCUCACACAGGAAGUGCGUGUGUGCUCCCUCUGUUCCGGGUGGCCUGCCCCCAUUUUGAAAAGUCAGACGCUCCGGCUGAUAGGCUCCAUUUUCUCCAGCACCUGAACUCUGCCUCACUUCAUACAAAAUGAAGGCUAUGUGUCACAAACUGGUUCCAGCCGGCCGUUGCCAUGGUUUCCACUUUGGAAGGAGCAGUUGGGGGAAGGAGGGGCUGUUGUUGAGUGGGUGUGUCACAUGACCAGGGCAGGGAAAUGUCUGAUGUCAUGAUGUGAUCUCUUCACUUGGUAGAGUCAUUAAUAUACACUGGAAGUGAGAGCAGUAGUAAGCAAGGAAGAUAGCUGCCAAGGAAGGGCUUUUUAGUUAUGUAUCGUAGAAGUUCGCCCUCAUGUCACCUUUGCCCUUUUCUUCACCCUAAGCCUGUGCUGCUAUAGUUUCCAUGUUUUUUGUAGAACUUUUAGUGUUUGCAGAGGAGAUCUAGCAUUUUGAGGCAACUGUUUCAGAAAUGGGUUGCAGAGUGGUAGAAUAUGCAUUGCUUUCCAAUGUCAUUGAAUUAGAAAGAUAUAUUAAAACACUUUAUUUUGGCUAGAUAGACCUUUAUAGACUAGAGCAAAUGGUUGAUGACAUUUGUCUAUGUCCAGUUUCAUGAAUAUUGGUUUGUACCAAUACCUACCUCACAUGAUGUUACUCUUUCAGUGGAAGUGUGAGUCAAUACUGCAGAGUAUUCUAGAGAAGUAGUAGCUUGUAGAAACAGAAGCAGUGGCCACUGGAUCUUAUGUAACCACAUACUUGGCUUUUGUUUAUGCUUGUCUAAUCAGCUUUCAUGGUGGAGGAGAUCGCCUUGUCACCACAUAUAUAAUAACCCUCGCUUUGCCCAUUGCCAGGGCUAGGAGUUUCUCCUGGUUAGGUUGUGUGUGACUGUGUGGUCCUAUCCAUUGGUUUACUUUUUGCCCUACUUGGUCCAUUGCUUUACAAGCCCUCUGUAUCACCAGCUGUGGAUGGUGUGACUGUAAACCAUAGCUACCGUAUCUCUCUCUGCCUGCCCUCUAAACUGAACGAGGCCUCAGCCCUGUUACCACCGCAGGGCCCUGGGAUGUUUUGCACCAGCCAGGGAGACUGUGUCGUCGUUGAUAUGCCUGUGUCCUACCCUCUGCAUCGUAGUCCAAGACACACACACAGUCAGUCGGUCAGUGAAUGAGUGAGUGAGGGUGUAUACAAUAGGCUGGCUCCUGGCCACGUUCCCCUCCCCCACCCCUCUCUCUCUCUCCCCUCCAGUGUCUCCCGCGGGCCUCUGCUCUGCGACUCUGGUGUCAGCAGCUGGGAGGGGUGGGGCCCCAGGCACAGCUACUGUCCGUACAAAGAGUCAACGUGCCCCCCCCCCCCCCCCCCCACCACCUCCAUCUACCCACCUCACACACACCAACCUCACUCCCCCACUGGGUACGAGCGGGACGCCUGCUGUGUAGGGGCCGGCGAGCUAUCUCCUCCAUCGGCCUUUCACUCCCCCUCUCUGUCACAGGCUCCACGCUGCAUACCGCUACUCCUCUUUGUCCUCCACAGGCUGGAGGAAACAACAGCUAGCUACAGCCACAGAGGGAGCUAUGAGGCCAGGUCUAAUCGCACAGCCGGCCUAGGCCUACAACUUGUAGCUCGGGCCUAGAAGCUCACGUAUUUUGGCUCUGUUUUGAAUGCAUUUUCUCCUCUUAUAUUCCAGUUGUAAGGAGUUGGAGUCUGCUUGCUAUUCAGACAGGGCUCUGAAAAGCGCUCCCACUCCGCCAUGAUGGCUCUAUUGAUCGCAGAUCAAUUUGGGUGUCCCACCACUACUGCUCACUCAUAGACCACUGAAAUGUUAUCAUUUACCGCCCUCUACUGGACACAUCUUGCUACUGUAUGUUUUUGCAUACACGCUCAAGUGGCUCUCAUUUGCUAGGUGAUUAGUGUUGUAUGAUCACACUCAAAUUAAUUUCCAAAAUGUGUGAGGAGAGGGAUUGUCACUCAAGGGGGGUUUUGCUCUCCAUAUGUUUUAUUUUGCCUAGUAGAGUUUAGUUGUAUAAAGUAGUUAAUUGUUUGUUUCUCUCUCUUCUCCCAGUGAAGUAAAGAAAGAGAAGCAUCCCCUGUCACCAAACAAUGACGUCAUAGUGCUGUCAGACAACGAGCCGUCCAGCCCCGUCAUGAACGGCUUGAACCACUUCAGGAAGACAGACACUGACCUGCUCAUGGUACGACCUGACACACACACACACACACACACACACACAGCGACUCCUCUCCUUUGUACUACUCACAAUGUUUCUUUAUCUAUUAAUUAAAUUAAAAUGUAAUUGUGUGUAUGACCCCCUGCUGUCUUCCCUUGUGUAGAAGAGCAGGCCAGAUGAGAGGGAGCGCAUCAUCAAACAGUUGAUGGAGGAGCUGAGACUACAAGAGGCCAAGCUGGUGCUGCUGAAGAAACUACGACAGAGCCAGACACAGAAGGAGAGCACUGUACAGAAGGUAUCUAAAGAAAUGGCCAUGCACACACACACUGUUUCCGCUAAACUCCUAGAUUGCCAUCAAUAGUCUGGUCUCUCUCGCUCCUCCAGCCAACCUCUGGCUCUGUAGCCACUCCUCCACCUCUGGUCAGAGGCAGCAUGACAUCAGGCAAAGGACCGCUACAGGUACAGACAGCUACUGCUCACCACCACUACACAAUGCAAUCAUACGUAUCUACAUUACUGUUAUUGUGUACAGCACAUUCACACUCAUUGUAAUAGUAUAUCAGUGCAUCCAUUCAACCACUAAGCACAUUCAAGCUCUCUGUACUAGCUUGUUGUCAGUGUAUCUGUUCAACCAUGCUGUGCUGUCAGAGGUAAUCACACGCAGUUAGCUGUGACACACUACAGCUGAUGUGAAAUGGCUCUGUUUUGCAUCUACUUUAUGUGACUUGACAGAACGAUUUAAAUAUGACAUGACAGGGACUGGCCACUUGCCAGCAAAUGUCAACACUGAUCAUGUGAUAUCAGCAAAUCUCGUUGCCAUUAAAUCAUGAUUUAGCCAAAGGUCUGAGGUACACGUGGGGAUCUUGAGUUGGGAAUCUUCCCUCAUAGUAUGGGUUCGUCAUGUGGUUGUUUUGAGUUUAAACCCGGUUGUUGUUGUGUCCAGGUGUCGUCAGUCCGUAGCUCAGGCACAGUGAUCCCUCCUCCAUUGGUCCGGGGUGGGCAGCAUGUCCCGUCCAAGCAGAACUCCCAGACCAUCAUGCCACCCCUGGUCAGAGGGGCGCAGGUAACUUAUACUCUGGUACUUACCUUUUUAAACAUACAUUUGUUGUCUGUUGAGAAUGCCCCUUUGGUACUUGUGCAAUGUGAGUUAUUAAUAAGAGUUCUACAUUCUCUGCAUGAUCAGUGUAUAUUUUCAGAAUAUGUUUUUAUGCUACUUUCAUGCUUUCAAAACAAAUUCCUUGGAUGUGAACUCUCUGCAACUAAUAGACCAAAUGCAUAACACAUAGUUGGUUUUACACGCAAAGCGCUUGUCAGUCUUUUCUAGUAAAUUCAUUUUACAAUGAUAUGGAUAUUCUGUUUAUCUUCUCUCAAUCUCCGCUCUCUCUCUUGCCUCUGUCCCUCUCCCUGUGUGUGUGACUCCCCCCUUCCCCUCCCUUAUGUCCAUGCCGUACCCUAUCUGCCUGUGUGUGUGACGUUGUCAGCCCAUCGCGGUGUCUCCCCAGCAGAUUGCGUCCCUGCGGCAGCAGCAGCAGCAGCAGCAGCAGCAGCAGCAAUCUGGGUCUGGCCCCCCUCCCCUGCUGCUGGCCCCCAGGGCCUCUGUCCCCAAAGUCCAGGUGCAGGGCCAGAGGAUCAUCCAGCAGGGCCUCAUCAGGGUGGCCAACGUCCCCAACACCAACGUCCUGGUCAACAUACCACAGGUCAGACCACACUCUAUCACCCAGGACAGUCAGAAACACAGGUCACUAACGUACUGGCCAGCAUCUUACAUUGAGACCCCUUCGACUCCCAACAGCAUUACUUUUCCAUCUCUUUUCAUCCUGUUUAAUAUGUGUGUCUGUUCCACAGGGCUCUCAGAAGGGCUCGUCCGUGAUGUCCCAGGCCGGGAUGGGCAGCAUCGUGUCCACGGUCCAGGCCAACGAGUCCCCGGCCGCUCGCCAGGCAGCCGCCAAGCUGGCUCUGCGUAAGCAGCUGGAGAAGACCCUGCUGGAUAUCCCUCCUCCCAAACCUCCCACCCCCGAAUUCAACUUCCUGCCGUCAGCAGCCAACAACGAGUUCAUCUACCUGGUGGGCCUGGAGGAGGUGGUGCAGAACCUGCUGGAUACACUGGGACGGGGUGGGUUUAUAUUUUCAUUCAGAAAUAUUGAUUCCUUACAUCAGCAGUUUAUAAGCUCUUUAUGGUAGUAGUAGUAGCUAAUCUCUUAGUUAUUUUCAUUCUUGCUGUAUUUGAAAGCUGCUGGCAAAAGGUACGUAAUACUGACAUGUCACUUUUCUGUGUUUCUCUCAGGCAAGCAACAGGGUCAGUCUGUUGCCCCGGAGACCCCCGUCCCUGAAGAGCCACACACCUGCGCCCAGUGCAAGACGGACUUCACGUCGCGCUGGCGCUCGGAGAAGAGCGGCCCCGUUCUGUGCGACCACUGCAUGUCGUACAACCUGAAGAAGGCCCUGAAGGCGGAGCACACCAACCGGCUGAAGGCGGCCUUCGUCAAGGCCCUGCAGCAGGAGCAAGAGAUAGAGCAGCGCAUCCUCCAGCAGGCUGCCUCCCCAGUCUCCAAAACACCCUCCUCUUCCUCGGGGAUGAAGAGCGAGCACCAGCAGCACGUGCUGGUUUCACAGCAGUACAAGCAGGCCAGAGCCCAGCUUCAGCACCAGCAUAGAGGCACGCCUGUGGCCCGCCACCACUCCUCCAUCAAGCAGGUCAGCACUGGGACACAACACUACCGCUACACACUACUAACUCAUACAAAAGGGGAAGCUUGUCUGGUGUACAUUUUCUGAUACCUUAAAAAAAACUGUGGCAUCCUUUUUAAUUCUAUUAACACAUUGGGUCACGUUGGUUAAUGACUAAUGUUCAAGUUUUCUCCCUCCUCCCUCUCUCAGAGCCCUGGUCAGCUGUCCCGUAGUGGUCAGCAGGCGGUGGGGUCUCGUGGUGUCACUCACUCGUUCCCCACGUCCUCUCAGCAGCUGCAGAACGCUGUAACUGCGGCCACGCUGGUCAGCAGGUCAGGUAAGCAUGCCAUGCGCCCGGCGCAAGGGGCAAAGGGCAGCAGCGGCAGCAGUAACCCCUCGGCCAACCCCAACACCUGGAGGAAGCAGACCACAGGGAACUCAGGUAGAUGAACCUCUACAGGACAGAGACAAGACCCUGUCCUCACCUGCACACCAUGUUGCUCUCCCUCUUUUUUUCCCCUUUCUCUCUUCUCUCCCUCCCUGGCGACCUAAAAUACAUUAUAGUGUCACGAAAGGUUGUGGAAGGUGCAUUACUACCUCAAUGGGUGACUUAGUCUGAUAUGUAGAUUGGCUUUAGCUAGCUGACCCCUUCUCUCUCUCUCACUCACUCACACACUGUUAUUUUUCCUGGUGGUGGAUCAGACUAAUUUGUGUGUUUAAAAUGUAGAAUCCAUUAAUUCCAAUGAAACAUUUUAUUUUGUGUCCUUGAAUUUUGCUGUAAUGGUUGCAGACAGGCUAAUGGAUGGUAGAGGGUGUUUGAGAUGUUUCCUGUUUGUGUCCCUGGUUCCAGUCCUGUAUACUCACUGCUGUGGUUGUUGUCUCCCUCCCAGGUGUGACCAUGGCCUAUGUGAACCCCAGCCUGUCUGUCCACAAGACCACCACCUCAGCCAACCUGGAGCGCCAGAGAGAGUACCUCCUGGACAUGAUCCCCUCCCGCUCCAUCUCCCAGACAGCCAACACAUGGAAAUAAUACUACCACCUCAAUCAACCCUUAUUUUUAAUCUGAAUAAUAGUCAUUCUCAUUAUCAAUUUAACAAAAGACUCCUCUCGGGAAAACAACAUCACAAUCUACCAUCGACCAAUGAAAUAAAAACUAAACGCACCUCUCCUUACGUUCCCUCCCUCCGUCAUCUUCCUGUGAGUCUUCAGUUCUAGUGUGGAGCGCUGGUGUUGUACUGGGAGAGUACAGGGCUCUGAGAUAUGCUACAUCCAAAAGGGUGGCAUGGACUUAAUCUAUCUCAAACAUUUCUGGUGCCCCCCUUCCCUUCCUGGGCAGAUCUUCACACAUUCGCACCGAGAGGGAGGGAUGUCCCAGUCCAGCUGUGUCGGUGGCUCUGAUUGGCUAUCCAGGCGAUGGGACAGUCAACAUCGUCCACUGUGAAUGAUGCGCCUUACUUCACCCCCCCCUUCUACCUGGGAGAGCCAGGACCGGGUCUCUCUCUGGCCUCAGUGGCAGGGCUGGUGGCACAAGACUGCAGACAGACAGACGUCAUGGCAGGGACUGUGGGUGACACCUCGAUCACACCGACAGCUUUAUUGCAUUUUGGUACACCAGAAGU